CAAUAAUGCAUGCAGUUUGCAUUGGAUCAUGUGAUAUUGCUGCUGCGUGAAUAGUACUGCUGCAAUCGUCUAAGACAUUUUUUCUUAACUGAAGUUGAAGGAGUGAUAUCAUUCCAACAUGGAUAAAGUAGCGGAUAAUGAAAAGGAGAGCAAGUAUGGUUACGUCUUUGCUGUCUCUGGACCUGUGGUGACAGCAGAGCGUAUGUCCGGUGCUGCUAUGUACGAGCUGGUGCGCGUGGGACACAGUGAGCUGGUGGGAGAGAUCAUCAGAUUGGAAGGCGAUAUGGCCACCAUUCAGGUCUAUGAGGAGACAUCCGGUGUGAGCGUUGGUGACCCUGUGCUCCGGUCAGGCACCCCGCUGUCCGUCGAACUCGGACCGGGUAUCCUCGACAACAUCUUUGACGGAAUCCAACGUCCCCUCCAGGACAUCAACGACCUAACGCAGAGUAUCUACAUUCCUCGCGGUGUCAACGUCAAAGCACUCAGCCGCACCAAGAAGUGGGAUUUCAAGCCAUAUCCAGGAAUCAGGGUUGGCAGUCACAUCACUGGUGGUGAUUAUUAUGGGAUGGUCCCUGAGAAUACCUUGAUUGAGCAUCGUCUUAUGCUACCGCCCAAGCAGAGAGGGACUGUCACAUGGAUAGCAGAGCCAGGCUACUAUGACAUUACAGACGUCGUCUUGGAAACAGAGUUUGAUGGACUCAAGACCAAACACACUAUGCUUCAGGUGUGGCCUGUCCGUAACAUCCGACCCGUCUCAGAGAAACUUCCUGCCAACUACCCCCUUCUUACUGGACAGAGGGUUCUAGAUGCUCUAUUCCCAUGUGUACAAGGUGGAACGACGGCUAUCCCAGGAGCCUUCGGGUGCGGAAAGACUGUCAUCUCCCAAUCUCUGUCCAAGUAUUCAAACAGUGAUGUCAUCGUCUAUGUAGGAUGCGGUGAACGUGGCAACGAGAUGUCAGAAGUAUUGAGAGAUUUCCCCGAGCUCACAGUAGAGAUCGGCGGGAAGACAGAAUCUAUUAUGAAGAGAACUACGCUGGUAGCUAACACAUCAAACAUGCCUGUAGCUGCUAGAGAAGCGUCCAUUUACACAGGUGUGACGUUGUCAGAGUAUUUCCGUGAUCAGGGAUACAACGUCUCCAUGAUGGCAGACUCGACAUCCAGGUGGGCUGAAGCUCUUCGUGAGAUCUCGGGUCGUCUGGCUGAAAUGCCCGCUGACAGUGGUUAUCCAGCUUAUCUAGGAGCCCGUCUAGCUUCUUUCUACGAGAGAGCCGGUAGAGUCAAAUGUCUUGGGAACCCUAGCAGAGAGGGCAGCGUCAGCAUCGUUGGAGCUGUGUCGCCCCCUGGUGGUGACUUCUCUGACCCUGUGACCUCCGCAACCCUCGGUAUCGUCCAGGUGUUCUGGGGACUGGACAAGAAGCUUGCCCAGCGUAAACAUUUCCCAUCCAUCAACUGGCUCAUCAGCUAUUCCAAGUACAUGAGGGCGCUAGACGAUUUCUACGACAAGAAUUAUGCAGAGUUCGUACCGCUCAGGACAAAGGUGAGGGAGAUUCUGCAAGAAGAGGAAGAAUUGUCUGAAAUCGUACAGCUGGUAGGAAAGGGCUCCCUCGCCGAGUCCGACAAGAUCACCCUCGAGAUUGCCAAACUACUCAAGGAUGACUUCCUUCAACAGAACGGCUACUCUCCGUACGAUAGGUACUGUCCAUUCUACAAGACUGUCGGUAUGCUCAGCAACAUCGUAGCGUUCUAUGACAUGGCCAGGCAUGCGGUAGAGAGCACGGCACAAAGCGAGAACAAGAUCACGUACGCUAUCAUCAGGGAGAAUAUGGGCGACAUCAUGUACAAGCUUUCAUCAAUGAAAUUCAAGGACCCUGUCAAGGACGGUGAAGCCAAAAUCAAGCAAGACUUUGCAGAGUUAUUAGAUGAAAUGCAACAAGGGUUCAGGAACCUAGAAGACUUUUAAUCCAUAUAGCCAAUAUAUAAAUAGCCAUAGUUAUAAUCCUAUAUAAUCAAUGUCCAGUCCCAUGCAUAGCAUUUGAUGUCGGUGGUGGAAUGUCUCGAGUACACACUUAACCAUGCCAAUUUGUUUUUUUUUAUCUGUUGUCUAUUUUGGAUGGAACUCUGUUUCAUAUCGUGCAAUGGGCCCUUUUUGGAAAACCGAGGCCAUUUUUCAGAGAAACAGAAACUUGAUUAUGAAUUGAGCAGUAUUUUGUAAUUUUUGUGUUGUGUUUAUUCUAGAGAUAAUAUGAUGCAAAGCGACUUUGUGCUUUCUAUUUCAGAUCGGCCAAAGAUUUUUCAGUGUCAAAUUAAAGAUUUUCAUCAUUUCAACAACAAAGUUGUGUAUUGCUCAUCAGCAUAAAUCUAUUUUUAAACUGCUGAUGUGGUAGUCAACUAAUGACAAUAUAGAAUUCAUGCUUUUCUUGUUAAUCCCUUUAAAAUCUUUAUUUUAAAGAGAGAAAAAAAUCAGUUUACUUUUGAAAUUUGAGAGGGAGUUUGUGACAUCAGCAAUUCAUGUGGUUGGAUAUACAGUGCAUCCCAGAAAGAAAAAAUGAAACCAUAAAUUCCUGGCAUAUUUUUUCCAACAUUGCACAGUAAAAGAAUUGAAAUAAUUAAUUUGAUAAGUGAUUCAUUCCUUUUUGUUGACAAAUUGGCAACAUUAGGCAACAGGUAUAUAUUUAAAUUAUCUUAUCGUGUGGUUUCAAGUCAAAACAGUGAAAUCACUUUUACGAAAUAAGUGUCAAAUCUAAAGAUUAGGAUUUGAAUAUCAGAAAAAAAGGAGUCCUUUUUUUUGUCUGGGAUACACUGUAUUGUUAAGAACUGAGCAAGAGUGAGUCUAAACAAAAGAUAAACCAAUUACAUAAACUUGUAAUUGAAAAAUAAUCAAUUUGAAGAAACAGAUAUGUCUUUUUAUCUAAUCGCAUGAAUCUAUCUAGUCUUGCUAUUUACUUUAUGACUCUAAAAGAUAUUUUUUUUAAAUCACUCCUUCGACUGAAAUGUAUCCUACUCUUUUGCUAUAGUUGCACUCGCGAAACCGACUCCAGACCGACAAAAAGAAUAUUAUGUUAUUAUCAAUGGCCGACCAUCAAUCAGUUUGGAGUCUGUUUUGUACAUGUGCCUGUAGCAUUAUAUAUUAUGUAAUGCAUACAAACUGUGGUUCGGUAUUUGACAUCUUUAUUAUGUGAAACGUUAUUUUCUGUACUUGUUUUUUCGUUUUUUUCCAUUUCAUGUUGUGUUCAGACAUUCCAGAAUAAUGAUGAAUGAUUGAAAUCAGUACUGUAUCAUUGUAAAAAAAAAUAAUAAUCACUUGUUGGAAUGCUCCCCAGGAAGUGGAGAGAGUGCAUCCAUCGUGCUUGGGCAAGCCAGGAUGCCAUUCCCGGGGUUAUAAUAAAGCUGUAAAGCUCUUAAUAGCGAUGAUGGUUGUACCAAAAAAGCGCAUACACGUAAAAGGGUAAUAUUAUGAUUAUUGAUAGGGAUUGAUCUGUGUGUGGUAUGACCACACCGUGUAGUACCAAGUUGUAGAUGUCUAUUACAUUUACAUUUGAUACAUGUACAUGUAUGUAAUGCAAAUGUAACGUACAUCUCUAUAAUGUAUGUAGUGUACAUGUACACAAAUUACAUAUAUAGGUUAGAUUAGAUGUAGAAGUGGUCAUCAAAUGUCCUUUUACAAUGAUAAUGUUCUUUUGAUCACCACGGUUACCAUAAUUAAUUGAGGUGUAUGGCUUAGGAACCAUAUGAAUCUGCUAGUUGAAUUGUCCCACGACAGCCAUGGGUUGCUGACAUGAAAGGAACAAUUAAUCCCUGGUAUUUUCCAGCACCGUCUUAAAAGUUUGCUGUCAGCAAGAAUUUCAAUGCAGCUCAUUUAAAAAUGAAGAGAAGAGCUCCGCGAUUUGAAACCUCAGUGAAUGAUAUUCUUCAUUAUUAUACUUGGUGGUGUAAUUAGCAGUUAUCACUCAUUUCAUCAGAAUUUGAUUAAUAGCGCUCUACAAUAAUGCAGUAUAGCUUGUUAUCCCCUCGUCCUUUUCAACGUUUGUAACACAUUCCAAUGGGACAAUAGAAUGGCCUGUUUUCUUUCUGAUAUUGGUUGUUGAUUAGACUUAAAGAAAAAAACAAGACAAAGAAAUAAGAUAUUACUGUUUCUUCAGGAGCUGUCAUUCCGCAUACCAGGGUCCCGUAACAAAGGUUAGGGAUCAAUCGUAAACUUCAUUUUUGCGAUUAAUCGUACAUUGCAGUCCAUGCAAUCAGUUGUUAAACAAUGUUCUACGAUCAUUGCUAGGCUUCUUGUUACGGGGUCCUUGACACUUUGGAGGCAAGAUAGCUCAGUCGGUAGAGCGGGGGACUCGUAUUCCGGUGACCCGGGUUCGAUUCCCACUUGAUGCGCUGGUGCCCUUUGGUAAGGCAUUAAUCCUCAGAACCAGGUCCUUCGGAGAGGACCUUAAGCCGUCGGUCCUCUGGUUGCUUGCCUACAAGCAUUCAUGCUUUCUUAGCAAUCAGGUAAAAAAAUCACCACCAAUACCAACUUCAGCUAGCGUAUGCCGAUGUACUGUACUUGUGGCCAGUCGUUUUGUCCUAUGAUCCCAUCUUGUGAUAUGAAUGAAGCCUUCGAUUCUUGAUGUAUUCUUUAUAUUUCAUUUUGAGAUCACUGCAAAUAUCAGAAAUGUUAUUUCCUUGUAUGAAGAAUCAUUUGAGUAGUUAACAGAAGGCAAUUCCUUGUAUCAGGGCCCCGUCUUACAAAGAGUUAAGAUUGAUCCAAUCAAUCGUAACUCUAUGGAAAUCCAUCCGUAUCAUAAUUUUUUCUACAGGAAAUUUGCAAAAUGUUCUCUGUAAACAAAGGAGAACACACCGAACUGUCAAGAAAUCAAUGAAUUUAUGGAUAUACAUUCAUAUCUAUCUAGAAUGUUUUUAACAAACAUGCUUUUUAUAUGUUGACUUUGCUGGCUUUCCAUAGAUGCGAUUGAUCGGAUCAAUCGCAACUCUUUGUAAGACGUCCCCAGGAAAUGGGAAGAAGGAAACGUAAGUCAGCAUACGCUAGCUAAAACGUUCAGGUACCAACAGCCUCUUUAAAUAAUCACAAAUGAACUUUCCCCUCUCCAUACACUAUCCAUCCCUUAUAUUCUGUAUGAAAACAGUUGUACAUCUAGCAUUUACUGUAGGUAGGAGGCAACUCUGUUUAUCAAAUAACAUGCAACUAUUGGACUAUUGACCUAUGUCACGUUUUAGAUGAAAAUUGUAUUUUUCUCAAUUCAUUACUUAAAUAUACUUGUAUACACAACAAAAUAGGUUCAGAUUGUAAACUAUUGGCCCUAGUACAUUGGUGCUCAAGAUCUUGUUAAGUGUAGUGAUUGUUUUAGAUGUUUAAAUCCUUUAUUUUAGAAACUAUGGAACAAAGGCCGAGUUAUGUUUCUCGAGGAGGGUAAAAAGAAAUAUUUAGCAAUACUGAAUGUUGGUUGUACUGUAUGUGUGGAACCUAAGUGGAUAUUUAUGGAUAUUUCCAUUUUUGUUGUUUUUUCUCUGAUUCUUCUAAAGGCUAUAACUGAUUUAAUUUUCACCUGGUGGGCGUUUCAUAAAGCUGCUCAUAAAGUUAUGCAAGACUUAACGACUGAAACAUGUUCUUAGGUGCUAAGUCAACUACACAGGUGUAUGUCAUAUAGCACAAGAAACGGUCACCAGUCGUGCGUAUAACUUACAAACGGCUUUAUGAAACGCCCACCCGACGCGACUAUUUACUCCUAUGCCGUGGCCUAAUAUUGAUAAUCCACUGCAAUAACAUUAUUUCAUCUUGAAUCUGUUUUUUUUUUAUUUGACGACACAAACUUAAAUCUUAAUUCCACUCUUUUUAACAAGAUGUAUCCACAGUUUAACAUUGGCACAGGAAUAUGCUAAAAAAUAUUAUCUGACCCUCAGAUGAACAUUGCAAUACAUAUUUAAAGCUAAAAUUAGACCUUGAAAUCCCUGAAAUGUCUGUUCCCAUCCAAAAUAAGGUUACGCUUACAGUGUCGAAUUCAUGGACCCAGGUCAUACACAAUGCAGUAUUUGACUUCCCUACAUUGUACAACAAGUAAUCAAUUAUACAAUACAUGUAGCUAAUUAGAAAUUUGUCCCACACACUGACAUUACAUUGUGUAAUUAGCCUCUCUUGUGUAAUGACACAUGCGUCUUAAUGAGUCGACACUUGAGAGAGUGCAAUCAGCCUAAAUUGCAUUUGCAUAUGCGACAACACUCAAGCAAUUUGGAUAUUACAAGGAGAAUGCCAUAAGGAGAUCUAGGCUCAUUCAUGAUAAUUGCACAAUGGAAGUCUUAUACAAUACUACAGUAUAUGUAUAUACAGCACUGUUAUAUUAGUCUGCUGUGCAAACCUUCACUCGAGUUAAGGGUCUGAAUGUGCAGCCUACUCAUGCCUUGUGUACUGUAGGCCCUGAAACAGCAAGUUUUGUAUGUGCUAGUCUUUGCGUGGAGACACACUUGUUGAUCAAAGUUUCAAUAGGGGUCUGCGCCUGCAGACUACUGCUUUAUUGCUGCAUUAUUUUGCAGAUCUGGGGCUCGUUUCAUAAAGAGUUACAACUGUUGUAACUUUGCCAUUAUGGCGACUACCAUGGUAACCUUGAUUGUGAUCAAUAAUAGUGACCAUAAUAGCAAAGUUACAAUCACUGGCGUAAAAUCAAGCUGUGAACCUAUUGUUCGGGAGGGGGGGGUGAACUAUUGUUUCACCCCCCCCCCCCCCCCCACUUGAAUAGUAUGACAUCAAUGAUUUAUGCUCAUGGUUACAAUAAUUAUAACUCUUACUGAAAUGGGCCCAAGGAUUUAUUAGAUGAAAAGUACAAAGACCAAGGCUCUCUGACUCUUAAUUGCCCAUUAUGAUAAUUAUGCAAAUCACAUGCAAAUCUCCUCACUGAUAUGGCUUCAUUAAAUCUCUCAACUAAUGGGAUGGGGUUCUGUCAAUAGAGCCUUCUAUUUAUGUUUUGUUUAUGCCUGUUGACUACUGUAUUUAGUCAUUCGAAGCCUUUUUACAUGGAUCAUAUGGGGCCCAUUUCAUAAAAGAUGUUACAGUGACAAAUUGACAACAGUUUAAGGCUACUGAAAUCAUUUAAUUUGAUUGGUUGAACUUGUUAUGUAAUAGUGGCAUUUGUUACCAUUACAAGUCCUUAUGAAAUCCGACCCUGGUUAAGGUAGUAGGCAACAGGUUAAAUAAAUUGAUCAUAAAAUAUUACCCAUGGAGGGAGCCAUGUCUACAAAAUUUUCAACCAAAAUAUCAAGAUGCAAAGCUCCCUACAUAGAAAAUCUUUUCUAGCCUUUGUUUUUUUCUCAGUAUAUUUCAGUAUGGAUGAGAAAUAAUUAUCAAAUACCCUUCUUUUGCUUCCCUUUAUGUAAUUCAUGAAUAUUACAAUUGUUUCUAUUCUUUUUCAGUUUAAUUUAAUAUUAGUGACAUUUUUUUUUUGGUUAUGUACGAGCUUGAAACAUUGUGAUCCUUAGUUUUAAUGUUGUAUGAAAACAUCUUUUCUUCUUGAGAACAUCUUCCUUUCUAUGUGUUAUAAUUAUAUUCAAUGUUUUAUUAUAUCUUGUAAUAUCCCUUGGGUAUGGAUGUGAUGAAUAUUGUCAGCAUUUUGAGAUGUAAAAUUGUAGGGAAAUGGAAUAUAUAAUAGAAGAUGUAUAUAAAUAAAUAGUGAAACAUGUAAUAACAAA